CCUCCCACUCCUACUCCAUUUUUCAUAGUCAUUUGUCAUUUCAAACACACUUUCCCCUUAUUCUCUUUAGCUUCUCUCUGCAAACAAAUCCUUCCUCACUGAUUAAGCUUUUUGUUUUUAUCAAUCGAACAGAAAAAGAAUGGCAGAAACUUGCAGUAGAAAACUGAUAGUUGAAGUGUGCAACGCAAAGAAUCUGAUGCCAAAAGACGGCCAAGGCACAGCAAGUGCAUAUGCAAUCGUAGACUACGAUGGGCAGAGGCGGAGAACGAAGACCAAGUUCAGAGAUCUGAAUCCUGAAUGGGAAGAAAAACUUGAAUUCCUAGUUCAUGAUACCGACUCCAUGGCCAAUGAAAUCUUAGAGAUUAAUCUUUAUAAUGAUAAAAAGGCAGGUAAACGAAGUACUUUUCUCGGUAAAGUCAAGAUUGCUGGGAGUGGAUUUGUUAAAUUAGGCUCGGAGACUCUUAUUUACUAUCCGUUAGAGAAACGGAGCGUUUUUUCUCAGAUUAAAGGAGAGAUUGGCUUGAAAGUUUACUAUAUUGAUGAAGAUCCUCCAGCUGAGCAAAAACCGGAAGCAGCUGCAGCAGCGCCUCCUGCAGCGGAGGAGAAACCACCUGAGAGUACCGAAGCCAAACCGGAGGAGGAAAAGAAGGAAGAGAAAGCUGAGGAGAAAAAAGAAGAGGUGAAAGAGGAUAAAAAAGAAGAGGAGAAGCCAAAUCCACCGCCGCAACAGGAGGAGAAAGACAAGAAACCAGAGGUGGAGAAUCCACCAGCGGCGGCGACGCCAUCAGCACCGCCAGCGCCACCAGCAGAGGUGGAGAAUCCACCAGUCGCUGAGAAAAUAGCACCGCAGCAAAAGGAUGAUAAUAAGGCAGCAGACACUGGAAAAACUUGUGAUCUCACAAUCAGUGACCUCGAACUACGGUCACUAACAAGCAGUGAUCGUAGCCGAAGUGCAUAUGAUCUAGUUGAUCGCAUGCUAUUUCUAUAUGUCCGUGUUAUAAAGGCGAAAACAUCAAAAUCUGAUCCUAUUUACGCAAAGCUUGUGAUCGGUACGCAUAGCAUCAAAACCAAGAGUCAGGGCGAUAAUAAAGAUUGGGAUCAAGUUUUUGCUUUUGAUAAAGAGGGUUUAAAUUCAUCUUCUCUAGAAGUUUCAGUAUGGGCAGAAGAAAAAAAAGAGAAUGAUGAGAAAACAGAGAGCUCUCUAGGUACGGUGUCGUUUGAUUUACAAGAAGUACCGAAACGAGUUCCACCUGACAGUCCUUUAGCUCCACAGUGGUACAGUUUAGAAUCAGAGAAGUCACCGGAAAAUGACGUCAUGCUUGCUGUUUGGGUCGGUACUCAGGCUGAUGAAGCAUUUCAGGAAGCUUGGCAGUCGGAUUCGGGUGGGUUAAUACCCGAGACCAGAGCUAAAGUAUACUUGUCGCCUAAACUUUGGUAUUUGAGAUUAACGGUUAUCCAAACCCAAGAUUUGCAGCUAGCUUCGGGUGCUACCGAACCUAAGGUUCGGAGUACGGAUUUAUAUGUUAAAGCUCAGCUUGGCCCACAGGUUUUCAAAACGGGUAGAGUUUCCAGCUCGGCUAAUCCUACGUGGAAUGAGGAUUUGGUUUUUGUAGCAGCUGAGCCGUUUGAGCCGUUUUUAGUGGUGACAGUAGAGGAUGCGAGCAAUGGGCAGUCUGUGGGGAAUGCUAAAAUACAAAUGGCAAGCAUCGAGAGGCGGACUGAUGAUCGUACGGAGCCAAAAUCAAGGUGGUUUAAUUUGGUUGGUGACGAGAGUAGGCCGUACACUGGGAGAAUACACGUGAGAGUAUGUUUAGAAGGCGGCUAUCACGUGCUUGAUGAGGCAGCUCACGUGACUAGUGAUGUUAGAGCUGCAGCUAAACAGCUAGCUAAGGCUCCUAUUGGGUUAUUAGAAGUGGGAAUUCGUGGGGCUACUAAUUUGCUUCCGGUUAAAACUAAGGACGGGACACGUGGCACCACUGAUGCUUAUGUGGUUGCUAAGUAUGGGCCCAAAUGGGUUCGUACCCGAACGAUCCUUGAUCGGUUUAAUCCACGGUGGAAUGAGCAGCAUACAUGGGAUGUAUACGAUCCCUGUACUGUGCUUACUAUUGGUGUGUUCGAUAAUGGAAGGUACAAGCGUGAUGAAGCAGGGAAAGCAGGCAAAGAUAUUAGAGUGGGAAAAGUAAGAAUAAGGUUGUCAACACUUGAUACUAAUCGGGUGUACCUAAAUUCUUAUUCACUUACAGUAUUGCUACCUGGUGGGGCCAAGAGAAUGGGAGAGAUUGAGAUUGCGUUGAGAUUUUCAUGUUCAUCAUGGUUAGGUUUAAUUCAAGCGUACACCACUCCAAUGCUUCCUAGAAUGCAUUACGUGCUCCCAUUAGGACCGGCCCAGCAAGACAUAUUGCGCCAUACAGCUAUGCGCAUUGUUACGGCUCGGCUCGCCCGGUCCGAACCGGCAUUGGGUCAAGAAGUGGUUCAGUUCAUGCUGGAUAGCGACACACACAUGUGGAGCAUGAGGAGAAGCAAGGCAAAUUGGUUUAGAGUCGUGGGUUGUCUCACACGUGCGGCUACUUUGGCACGCUGGUUGGAUGGGAUUCGCACGUGGGCACACCCACCAACUAGUGUCCUACUUCAUAUCUUGCUUGUGGCUGUUGUGUUAUGUCCACAUCUAUUGCUCCCCACAGUAUUCAUGUACGCCUUCUUAAUUUUAGCAUUGAGAUUUCGUUAUCGCCAAAGGGUCCCACACAAUAUGGACCCAAGACUUUCGUAUGUUGAUGCUGUGGGACCUGAUGAGCUAGAUGAGGAGUUUGAUGGUUUUCCAACCACACGAUCUGCUGAUGUGGUACGUAUUAGAUACGAUAGACUCCGGGCUUUAUCGGGCCGGGCCCAGACACUUUUAGGAGAUUUGGCAGCCCAAGGAGAACGUUUAGAAGCAUUAUUCAAUUGGAGGGAUCCAAGAGCUACUGGUAUUUUUGUGGUGUUUUGCUUGUUUGCUUCGUUGGUAUUUUACGUAGUGCCAUUCAAGGUGUUUGUGCUAGGGGCUGGAUUCUAUUACUUCCGCCACCCAAUGUUCCGACACGACAUGCCGUCUAUACCCAUCAACUUCUUCCGGCGACUACCAUCGUUGUCGGACCAAAUACUAUAGAGUUGGGGUGCACUUUCUUGGUGAAGUAAUUUAAUUUGGGUAACGGCUUUUAUUUAAUGUAACGUAAUGUAUGGUUAUGAUUAAUUAAUUAAUUUAAUUUAAUUAUUUGUUUGAUUAA